AUGUCUGAUGAAGAUGAUGAUAGUUCACCUGAAGAAGAAAAUGGAUGGAAAAUAAUUCAUACAGAUGUAUUUCGUUUUCCAAUUAAUCGUGAAUUAUUUAGUUCAAUAAUUGGUGUUGGUUGUCAAUUUUUAUCAAUAUUUACUGGUAUACUUAUAUUUGCUGUAUGUGGAAUGUUUACUGUACAUCGUCAUGGUUCAUUAAUAGCAUCAGCUGUUAUUUUAUAUGCAUUUACAUCAUGUGUUGCUGGUUAUAUGAGUGGAAGAAUUUAUCGACAAUUCCAAGGUGAACAUUGGACAUGGAAUAUAAUAUUAACAGCUAAUCUAUUUACUGUACCUUUUUUUAUAAUAUGGUCAAUUAUAAAUACAUUUGCAUGGGCACAUGGAACAACACAAGCAUUACCAUAUACAACUGUACUUAUUCUUGCUUUUAUGUGGCUUUUUGUUGGAUUUCCAUUGACAAUUUUAGGUGGAAUAUUUGGUAAAAAUUGUACAACAAAUUUUGAUGCACCAUGUCGAACAAAAAAUAUAGCACGUGAAAUUCCUCAAGUAGCUUGGUAUCGUACAAGUUUUAUUCGAAUGUUGGUUGGAGGAUUUUUACCAUUUUCAGCAAUAAGUGUUGAACUUUAUUAUAUAUUUUCAACAUUUUGGGGACGUGAACAAUAUAUGUUAUAUGGAAUCUUAACUAUUGUUUUUAUAAUUCUUCUAUCUGUAACAGCAUGUAUAUCAAUAGCAUUAACUUAUUUUCAAUUAGCUGCUGAAGAUUAUCGAUGGUGGUGGCAAUCAAUAAUAACAUCGGGAUCAACUGGUUUAUUUGUCUUUUUAUAUGCUAUUUUUUUUUAUUUUAAUCGUUCAAAAAUGCGUGGAACAUUACAAACAUUACAAUUUUUUGGUUAUACAUCAAUUGCUUGUUAUGUUUUCUUUUUAAUGCUUGGUACUGUUGGAUUUUUUUCUUCACUUCGUUUUAUUCGUUAUAUUUAUGUUAAUAUUAAAAUGGAUUAA